AUGAGUUUUCCAACAAAGGACGCUGAACACAGGCCUGUUAGUGCCGUCGUCGUCGAGGAGGAGAGAGGGGAUUUCAGUGAGUACAGUGAUUUUCCUUGGAUCAAAUUGUGUCGAGCGCUUGCGGUUCGAUACAUUUUAGGCUCUCUUGGAUAUGCUGGAGACCAGGGCGAUGUCGGUAGGAAGGGUAGUUCGGAUGAUCCCACUUCAGAACGUGGAUAUCUCGCACACCGCGAGUCGUAUCUUCGCAACGUGGCCCUCUUAACCCUGGCCCAACGCCUCUAUUUCGCAAACGACGCCGUUAUCUACCCCACCGGUGCAUCCUCGGGUGAAGACAUUCAGCUUCGAAUCGACGAUGUCGAAGGCCGUCGUCGCGCCUUCCAGCGCGUUGCCACCGAGGCGGCUGCGCUCGCGAGGACCGGGGGGGUGAAAGGGGUUAUGAAGUUGAACGAUGAAAUAGCCGUGAACGUCAUUAGGGAUCUCGAAAUCGUGCUUGAGUAG